CCCCUACUUUACUGAGCUGCAUCCCCUCGCUGGGCUGGACGGGACCCUGACGACUGUUCGAUACCCUUCACGCUUCGAUCUAAUCCCAGCCAGCCCUACGACCGCUCAAUCAUCCCUUCUCAGACUACGAGGCGGUGUCAACAGAACGGCUCGAACUCAGCCUUGCGCAUCGUCCCAUAGCAAUCGUCCCAGUCCAACACCGAACGAGAACCUCGCUGGCCGUGGUCCAUCAACCUUUUCGAGCGCGUCACCAUUCACUGCUUCUAGCCAGACGUCACUAGUACGGCCUUCGGCUCCUUUAAAAUGCCUGCACUUCUCUCAGUUCUCGGGCUUGGUUCUCCAAAAAACCAGUCCGUUCACUACCUCGCCGACACAAACCCGCAAAAUCUCGAUACCCUCGUCGAACAAGUAGACAUCAUGGCCAACGCAAAGAUCACCAAGGCUCAAAUGGUUGCCUUGACCAUUCUCGAUACGCACGAACAGCUGAAGAAGCUAUCAAACUACCGACCAGGAAAGGAGAUCAACCGGCUGUUGGGAAACCUCGUCCACACAUGCGUUCAAAUCCAUCCCCCAAGCGUUAUCCAGCAGAUCCUCAACUUCCCCGGCCUCCAACAAAUGCUCCCCUCCCUACGCACCAUCUGCUCCGAAGCCGAAUGCUGUCUCGAGAACCACUGGGCUGAGCAUGCCUUGUCCUUCGCCAACCAAGGCUCCGACGCAGUCCUCAAAGCUCUCCAAAUCGACUUUCCCUACUUCCAUAACUACGUCGAUCUAGCGCGCCUCGAACUCUCCGCCAUCCGCGCCGCCAUGCCCACCACUGAACUCAAGAAAAUCACCUUCAUCGGUUCCGGCCCCCUCCCUCUCACCUCCUGGUGUCUCCUCGAUGAAAUCCGGCAGACCUCCGACAACACCCCCACAAUCACCAACAUCGACAUGUCCCCCAGCGCCAUCGCCACCUCCUUGCACCUCAACGCCGUCCUCGGACCCUGGGGCGAGGAAAUGGAGUUCUUCUGCGGCGAAGCCGGCUCUUCGUCCAUCAGCCUCGCUGAUUCAGACGUGGUGUACGUCGCUGCGCUGGUCGGGCUUUCGCAGGAGGAUAAGGAGGAGAUCUUUCUCAAUGUAGUUAGGACCAUGAGGCCUGGUGCUCUGCUGGUGAUCAGGAGCGCGUGGGGCCUGAGGACGUGUUUGUACCCGGAGGUGAGCGUGAAUACGGAGAGGCUACUGGAGGUGCUGGAGCCGUGCGCGGUGGUGCAUCCGUAUACGGAUGUGGUUAAUAGUGUGGUUGUUGCUAGGGUUAGAGAGUAGUCCUAGGCGAGGAUGACAAGGCAUGAGUGACGAGCAAAAGGCAAAACUGCCUGUCGGGAUCAAAAAGCAUAUAAUGGCUGGAAAAUGGGAGGCGGACGAUUUGUCUUUAAUGAAAAGUGAAGAGCAAAAUAGAUUAGCCAGCUAUAAUGAGAUUCGUGCUACAGUGUGUGAGUUUCCCUUG